UGUGUUCCGAAGAUGCUCCCCCUCGGUCGCUGGGCCCUGUUCCUUCCACUCCUCCUGCUUUGGGCUGCUGCCCCCUCCUUUGGGUUUUUCAGCUGGUUCACUCGGACUGCGACCCCAGCGCCCGCUCCAGACCGCACACCUCCUCCCGAUCCUGGAAAUCUGGGGCCUGUCCCUUUUGAGAUGACCACGGCAGAUGAGGGGUUCCUGGCCGAAGCCCAGCGGUGGCAACUCUCCCCCCUGGACGCCUGUCACCAUAAGGUGAUCGCCCAGCUCCGGUCAUCUUGCACGGACCUUACAGAGGAAGAGCUGGCCAAACUUGGGGUGUCCCUCUUCAACUGCCAGGCCAGCGUGGAGGGUCGGAGGACUUACCUGUGCUCUGCGGAUAUGACCCUGGCUGAAUGCACGGCGGAGAUGGAUCCUGAUACUUGGAACGCCUACCACAUCGUGAGCAACCGAGCGCGCGCCGUCUGCUACGCCACCCGCCAGAUGCAGUUCAAACGCCGGGCUGAACACACCGUCAACGCGCUGGUCUCUACGGCGGUUGGCCAGCUGGAGGCUAUGAAGGCGCUGAAGGUCU